AUGAGCGGAAAGGGCUGCCAAAUCCUAGUGUCGCCAUGCACUAUGUCCCCACCACUGCAGAGGACGAGAGGGCACCAGUCCCAGGCCAUCAAGGUGCCUGGGUCUUCCCCUCAGUGGGGUGGGCUUCACUUCUCAGGUGCAGAUGGUGGGAAGCAGAACGCUAGCCACCAAGCCCUGCCGAGCCUGAGCCUCCGCAGGAAGGUGCUGACAAAUGGGAAGCAGGACGUCAAGCCGACAACAUUGCUCCUCCAGCAAAAUGUGACCAUUCCAGGCGGCCCUUCUAAGAAAGGUUAUGCUGGUUUUAGACCUCUCAUUGAAGUUCUCGGGCAUUCUGCGGGUUCAAACCUCAAAGUAACCAGUGUUCCGAUGUCACUUAUCCCUAGUCUUCAGUACGAUGUCGCAUCUAAUCCCCAACCUCUGGAUGCCAGGUCAGUGCUCUCCAGAGGAUCCCUGGCAUCCACCACCCUUAGUCUGUUUGAAACCCAGUCAGUGUUUAGCGGACGAAAUGACUGGCCAUUUGGCUAUCGCGUGCUCCCCCCACUGGGACAGGCACCAUGUUCCACCCUGGCCAGCGAGCUGCCCAGCCUCCCACCUGGCACAGCCAUGUCUGGUGCUGAGGUUACUGGAAGCACAAGCGCUUCAUCCUCCCUUCCGUCGUACCUUUUCGGGGGUGAUGCUAGCAGCCCUAAACAGAAUAAUGCAAAGAAGAGAGCUCUUUCUAUGUCGCCUUUGUCAGAUGUGAUGGGCAUUGAUUUCAAUUCCAUCAUACGCACUUCACCUACUUCGCUAGUGGCUUAUAUAAAUAGCUCACCUGCCUCGCACCCCACAAUCUCGCCUGUACAGUCUGAGGGCUAUGGCCACUUCCUGGGUGUGCGAGGCUCUAAUAUUCCCCAGGUUUACCCCUACCCUCACCCAGACACUUCGCUUGCACUGCCUGCAAAGGCCGAAAUCAGUCAAAGAAAAGUUCAAGAAGAGGCUCUGGAGAAUCAAAUGUCUAACAUGGUAGUCGAACAGCAGUGCCUUCAAAACUCAAAUGAAACAUGUUCACAAAGAAGUAUUUUUGAAACGUGUAGAGAAGAGACUGACAACAAGAUGCUACCUCAGCAGCUGCAAUUGCCUCCACUGCCAAGUGAGGAAGCUACUGUUCCUGAGGUACCUCCACCACCCUACCACUCCCACCGGGACAUCCAGCUUCAAAGAAGUCACCAAAAUAUAAAGAUUCAAGAAGACCAGAGUCUCGUCAUUCCACCUCGACAUGGACUUAGCUUUUUACCACUGAUUCCAAUGCUGGAGCAAGUAGAGGGCGAGUUGGAAGACUUUGGUGCGCAUAGCUGCUUGUGGAUGAACUGCAGCACAGUCUGCCACCAAAGGGACGAACUUGUGAGGCACAUAGAAAAGCUUCACGUAGACCAGAGGAAGGCAGAGGACUUCAUAUGCUACUGGGCGGGCUGUCCACGCAAACUCAAACCUUUCAAUGCCCGUUACAAGCUUCUGAUCCACAUGAGGGUCCAUUCAGGAGAGAAGCCCAAUAAGUGCAUGUUCAAGGGCUGCAAGAAGGCCUUCUCUCGCCUAGAAAACCUGAAGAUCCACCUGCGCAGUCAUACGGGGGAGAAGCCUUACCUGUGCCAGCACCCGGGGUGCCUUAAGGCCUUCAGCAACUCCAGUGACAGAGCCAAGCACCAGCGCACCCACCUGGACACAAAGCCAUAUGCCUGCCAAGUUCCAGGUUGUGCAAAGCGCUACACUGACCCCAGUUCUUUGAGGAAGCACAUCAAGUCCCACUCUACUGCAGAGAGACAGCUAUGGAAGAAGAUAAAAUCCAAAGCUGAUGUAAGCCAGGAGCCUCUGACAGACUGUUUAUCCAUUCACCAUCUGCACCCCAGCCUCUCUCCACCAGCCAUGAGAAACAACUUAAUAGCAUCCUCCACAGCCUCUCGCGAGCCAUGCAAAACUGUUCCACAUGGAGGAAUGCCCCCCCAAAAUCCCCACGCGGCUCUCAUGUGUACCCUGCAAGAAAAUCAGAGGUUUGUUGAUGCUCCCCCCUGCCAGCUAUACUGCAACGACCCAUGCUCGCCACUCACACGCCUCCCGCAUCCUGCCAGCGGCACAUGUGAUGCGCACAGUUGCACUUCUGGGCCCGCAGCAGACCACAGCCCAAAUCUCUUAGAGGGGAUGGAGGUGCUUUUUCCCUACGACGGGAUUUCAGCGGAAGCCGAGUCCAAUCACCUCUUGAGAGUGGACACCUUCAGAGGUAGCAGGGCCUGCAACACAGGACCUGAUAUCCAAGGGUCAGGAGGCAACUUUUUGAGCAUGAUGGAUCCCCAUGCAAGCCAAGUGCGCCGUAACAACACAAAGGAGUGACACCACCAAAGAGUGGCAUCACUCUCUCGCACGAUUUUUUGGGGGGGCAUAAUGUUCAUAGCACAGACAUGUCCACCUUCCAAAGGAAAGAAAAAUACUUUUUAUCACAGUAUGCAGUUUGAUCCAUAAGUAUUUUGACAAUCAUUUAUUCAGGGAUUCUCAAACCUUUCGGGUCCAGUGUCCCCCUCAUGAUCUUAAACGUGCCCUGUAUACACCGAUCUGUAACAAAAAUUUAAAACUUGCCUUACUACAGAUACUUUUGCAACCUCAUUUAAUGUUUGUUUCUUUGGUCUACCAAACUCAAUGGUC